AUGAGUGAUUCAGACGAUCAAGAGGAGAGAGAUAACUUGGCCGCGAGAGAGAUCGCGCUGGCCGAACAACGCGAAGACCGUCCGGAUCCGAACGCCGCGCACGAUCGCGCCAAUGAUGGAAUGCCGAGAGAUGGAGCGCGAGACAAUGAAGAAGUCAUGGGAGAUUUCGAUUCCAAUCCAGCACUAUUAGUAAAUCGGAAUCCCAUUCAGCCGCCACUUCCUGAAGGGAGAAGCUAUGAGAUUUCGCCGGAGAUCAUUGGUUUGGUAAAACAAAACCAGUUCCAAGGAAAACCCCAGGAGAAUCCCUUGGAGCAUAUUGAUGCAUUUGAAGAAAUCUGUGGAACCAUCAGUGCAGGUGGAGCACCCAAGGAGUACUUAAAGUGCAAACUUUUCUCUUUCACUUUGACAGGGAAAGCUUUGAGAUGGGUUAAGUCUCUUCCAGCUCAAUCCAUAACCACAUGGAAAGAGUACAAGGUGGCAUUCUUAGGCCAUUUCUUCACAAAGCAAAGAGCAAACCUAUUGAGAGAAAAGAUCUCUAGUUUCCAACAAGGACCGGUGGAGCCUUUUCAUGAAGCAUUGGAGCGCUUUAAGGACUACACAAGGGAGUGUCCUAAUCAUGGGGUAUCUGAUGGCAGUCUAUGGAACAUUUUCUACAGAGGAAUAAGUGGGAAGUGUCGAUUUUCUCUUGAUACAGCCAGCAAUGGAAAUUUCAUGACCAAGACAGUUACUGAAGCAAAGAUUCUAAUUGAGAAUCUAGCCUCAAGCGACAGUGACAACUUCAUUGGGCAUGAGAGAGCAGUGAAGGCCAUAAAUUCUGAUCCAUACAGAGAUGGAUACAGUGAGAUCAAAGCCAUGAUGGCUGAGAUACUGAGAAACCAAGGAAGAGAAGUGGAAGACAAAGAGAAGCUUAUAGAGUUGAGUCCACAAUAA